CGUAAUGCAUCACAUUAUAUAUGAAUAAAUCAUUUUUGUUUUUAAUCAUCAUUACUAAUCAGAUGAUGUGAAAUGAAUAACUCAAUUUUAAUUGGGCAAGGAAUAUAUAAAUGAUUUGACAAUUUUUUAAUUCUGAGGCAAAGAUUUCUAGUGCAAAUGAGAUUUUAAUUUGAUAUAUUUAAUUAAUAUUUUUUGGUACAGAAUAAAUAUUGGAAACAUAGAGGGGUUAAUCAAUUAAUUUUAAUCAGUAAAAAUGUAAGUAAUUUUUUUAUUACAAAAAUUACAAUAGCGGAUUACUAGUUGACUCAUAAAUAUUAAUAAUAUUAGUUUAAUAAAUAAAUUAAUAAAAAUAAUCACUUAAAUCAUACAGAUGGAUAAUAUAUACAAAUUCAAGGCGAGCUCUUCAGUGGGACAUCUGAAGAAUCUAAAUAACGAUAAACAGUUUUAUUCAGAGGAGGAAACCAGCAAAAAGGAGGAGGAGGAGAAGCAGUUGAAAAAAGUGAGCAAACCACCUAGUAAGAUGUCUCAAUUCAGUAAAAAUGCUACAGGGUACUAAACUGAUGACUCUGAUAAAGAGACGCCUCGAAACAAUAAAGUAGGGCCAUCAAAUCAGAAAGUCUCUAAAUUUCGUAAUCUGGUGAAUGCGAAAAAAAUUGAGGGAGACAACGACGAUCCAAAUUAUGACGAUGAUGAUGACAAGCCAACAACCAUCUAAUAGCAAAUACAACAUGUACAAUAGCAUCAUGAGGAUCAAUAUGAUAUAGAGUAGCAAGCGAAGCAGGAUGCAGUAAAAAUAUGCAAAGGCAGAUAAACCUAAGGAAUCUAAAAUGAAACACUCUAACACACAGUAACCAAUGGAUGUGAAUUCUGA